CCAUAAAAACACCAUCGUUGGUUCGUUGCCAUCGUCGCACGCUGCUCCUGAACAUCUUCCAAGUUUCAACUUUCCAACUAUACUGAGAGAGUCAAGGUAAUUCUGUGAACAACCGAGUUGUCCCUCUCAAUCCAAUCCCCAUGGCGUCCACAAUUCUGAAGCGGACAAGCUGCUCCGCCAUGAAGUCAAUGGCGGGAAGUCUCCGAAUCGGAGUGACGCCGUUUAGGGCCUUCGCAGCGAAGGUGGAGGCUGGGACUGACAUAGUCGCGGCUGCACCGGAUGUUUCUCUGCAGAAGGCUCGGAGCUGGGACGACGGCGUGGCCUCCAAGUUCUCCACUACUCCUCUCAAAGACAUUUUCAGGGAUAGAAGAGUGGUCAUCUUUGGGCUCCCUGGUGCAUACACAGGAGUUUGUUCCCAGCAGCAUGUGCCUAGUUACAAGAAUAACAUUGGUAAAUUCAGGGAUGAAAAGGUUGAUUCUGUAAUUUGUGUGGCUGUUAAUGAUCCAUAUGUGUUGAAUGCCUGGGCAGAAAAACUUGAAGCGAAAGAUGCUAUUGAAUUUUAUGGGGACUUUGAUGGAAGCUUCCAUAAGACCUUGGGAUUGGAAAAAGAUCUAUCUGCUGCUUUGCUUGGACCCCGCUCUCACAGAUGGUCCGCAUUUGUGGUUGAUGGGAAGGUGAAGGUUCUCAACAUUGAGGAAAAUCCAUCUGACUUCAAAGUUUCUGGUGCGGAGCACAUCUUGAAGCAGAUAUGAAGCUGAGUUAUUUCUGGUACUUCAGCAGCACAGCAGGAGGACCUGUUUAACUCAUAUGCAUCUCUGGUGUUACAUAUGUUAAUUCCAGAGUUAUCUUGGAUGCAUUAUCUGCUCUCUUUUGUUCUUGUCUAUAGGAUCUAAAGUGGGUUCACCUACAUUUUUCUUAGUUUUUCUCUGCAAAAAUCAAAUAAGUUUACCAGUUAAGAGAACUGCAUUUUAAGCCUGCAGCAUGUAACUGAUUCUUGUUGUGACUUUGGUUUGAUCUAUACAUUUGGUUUGCAAUGA